CUCCACCUGAGGAAAACUCGCGCACGUGACGAUGGUCGGAGCGAGUGAAGGCGAGUAUGUAAUCGAUUAAUGAGCUCCAGCUGCCUUUAUUCUCCACUGCCAUAGCCCUUACCCACUCUCCGAUCUCGGACCCAGUCUGCCGGCUUCGUUCGUUCCCGAUGAUAUCAACACCGUCCCAUCGUACGCGACCGCUACAGUGACGCGAUGCCAGGUGCCGAUGAGCUCCCCGCUCCCCACAGCCCCAACCCCCCACCUCCACCGAACGUCGAGAAUGGCGCUGCCCUCCAGCGUCUGGAGCGCGAGCUCUCCGUUCCGGAAAACAGUCCGGACCUCCUGCCAAACAUCGAGAAUGUCGAGCCAGUAUCCGCGCCGUCCAGCCCGAAACUCGCGAAACACCUCCAGAUCCACGCAUACCUAACGAUCCUGUCCAUCUUCGGCACGCUCGCACGACUUGGCCUCACAGCGCUAACCUCGUACAACGGCGCGCCUCUCGGCGCCGGCACGGUGAUCUGGUCGAACCUCGCCGGCACCGCGGCAAUGGGCUUCUUCAUGGAGGACGCGCGGCUUUUUGGGCCCAACCGUGCCACCAUGCCGCUGUACACGGGCCUGACCACGGGCUUCUGCGGCAGUUUCACGAGCUUCAGCAGUUUCGAACUCGACACGUUCCGGUUCUUGGUGGGUAGGGGGCCCGGCGGAAACGACUUCAUGGCCGCAGCCGCAUACGUCAUUGCCACCAUGGCUCUGGCCCUGGGCGGCCUGCAAUUCGGCGCGCACGUUUCACAUGCCCUGCGGAAAGUUGUCCGCCCGCUGCCCGAGAGGGAGGUGCGUGUGCUCGACUGGAUCGUCGUGCCGCUGGCCAUAGCGUGCUGGGUUGCGGCGGCGGUCAUGACCGUCGAGAUCCCGCGGUGGAGGGCUGAUGCCCUUUGGGCCUGUGUGUUCUCGCCGUUGGGGGCGUAUGCCCGCUUCUGGAUCUCGAGGACGCUCAAUCCUACGUUCCGCAGCUUCCCGGUGGGGACAUUUACGUGCAAUAUCGGAGGUACGCUGGUGAUGGCGGGGAUGAGUAUUGGGAUGGGGAGGAGUGGGGAUGCAGAUGCGUGUGGAGUGCUGAAGGGCGUCGCUUCAGGGUUCUGUGGGUGUUUGACCACGGUCAGUACGUUUGUCGUCGAGCUGAGGGGGUUGAGUGUGCAGCGGGCGUAUUGGUAUGCCGUCUGGAGUAUCGGUGUGGGUUUGGCGGCUAUGCUGGUAGUGCUGGGAGGAUGGACGUGGGGGAUGGGUAGGGAGUUGGUGUGCAGCACAUAGAUGAUAGAUCUGAAAACAGUAAUGGAGCAGAAUAUUCCGUGCAGUCCACAAAGACACGGUUCCAGCCGC